UUUGUCUAACUGUCAGUUACUUGUCAGUAAAAACAAAAUGUGACGUGGCUAAUCCUUGUGGACAAAAAGAACGAGAAACCCUGAAGCAAUAGCUGUUUACGGGGAAACUAAAAGGCGUUACAGGUGCAAACUGAAAUAUUAGAGGCAGACCUAUCGUGCUGUUGAUUUGGGGAAGGAAACGGUUAGCAGGCUGGGGUUAACUGCUAGCAUCAAAACACUGACAGCAACAAGGCAUGUACUAAGACAUUGAGAUGUCAGACAGCGAAGCUCCAGGCGCUCCAGAGGCGUCUACAGAGGUGUCUACAGAGGAUGGCUCUCCUGCAGAAACCCCUGACAGAUCCUCACCGACCACUCCUGACAACUCCACUGACGUUGCCCCGACGAGGAAAGCGAGGAGGAGACCAGAAAUCCAACCAGUAGCUGACGUCAAGGAGAAGCCGAAAGUAGAGGAGCAGCCGGCAGAGGCACCGACACCCAGUCAGUCCACGGUGUCUCAGGGUGGCUGGGGAUACUGGGGCAGCUGGGGGAAAACCAUCUUAUCUACAGCAACAGCUACUGUGGCAACUGUGGGCCAAGGCCUCACUCAGGUGAUAGAGAAGGCUGAGACAUCGCUGGGAAUCCCCAGUCCCACCGAACUCUCAGCACGAGUAGAGGAAGAGCAGAAGGAGCAAGCUGAAUCCAGUAGUGGGACGGACAGAGUGCCGGGCGAUGGCUCUGCGGCGGUGGAAAGUGCGUUUGGGAUGCUGUCUUCGCUCACUAGCGUUGUCCAGAGCACAGGGAAAACGAUGAUAACUGGCGGUCUGGAUGCUCUGGAGUUCAUCGGGAAGAAGACGAUGGAUGUGAUAGCAGAAGGCGAUCCUGGCUUCAAGAAGACCAAAGGGCUGAUGAAUAGGAACUCCACUCUGUCUCAGGUGUUGAGGGAGGCGAAGGAGCGUGAGGAGCAGCAGACGGCAGAAACAGAGUCUUCAGAUUCCGAGAAGAAGAUGGUCGCUCACUACGGGAUGCUGUUUGACGAAUUUCAGGGUCUGUCACACCUCGAGGCACUGGAGAUUCUGUCUCGAGAGAGCGAGUCUAAGGUGAAGUCAGUGCUGACCACUCUCUCAGGAGAUGAGCGGGUUCAGCUCAGAGCGGAUCUGGAGCUCAUCAAGGAGUCUUUCUCCCUGGUAGAGUUUGAUGAUGAGGAUGUGGACGAGAAGAAAGAUGAAGACGGCUCAGAGUUUGUGAGGGAGUUAACAGAGUCCUUGGAGGGUCUCAGUGUCACUGCCACAGCAGAGAAACUCAGCAAGGCCUGUAGGAGCACCUGCAGCCAGAUCACCGACAUGACCAAACCAGAGCAGGAAGAAGAGGGGAGCGAGGAGGGUGUGAAGAAAACACUUUCUGUGGAGGAUGUCCACGCUGCAGCCAUCAGGAGUCUGGCAGAGUUGACGGCUCGCUCCAUCGAGCUGUUCCACAAACUGGCUGAGAUGAUCCUGUUCUCCAACAGCAGCACAGAGGCCAGCGCCCUGUCACAGUUAACUGUUGUCUUGUGUAAAGAAAUCUCACUGCUUUCCAAGAAGUUCACCUCCUGCUUAACAACGGCAGGGUCGAACGAAAAGGGAGAUGUCCUCAACCCGCUGAUAACAGGAGUCUUUUUAGAGGCAUCCAACAGUGCGUCUUACAUCCAGGAUGCUUUCCAGCUGCUGAGGCCCAUAGUGGAGAUCUCCCACAUCCAGAGGAGCGCUGAGUCCACAGAGCAGUGAGACGCUGACGUCCUCUCUCUCUCACCCCCACCCCCACCCCGCUGCCCUGACAGCACAGAACUGACACAUCGUAUUCAGGACAGAAUCAACAGCACAUCUGGGAGGAAAAGUGUGUUUUUGUUAAACAGUGUUAACUUUGCAGGCAUUUUGAUAAUCCCAGUAGAUGUACUCGCUGAAGUAAAGUGUUGAGAAGGUCUUGGUCUACCAGCUAAGAGAAACCUUACCCUAUUAUUCUUUCUUGUAUUCCAACAUGUACACUCUUUCUUACUGACAGCACUUGUCGAUUUAAAGCAGAAGUGGAGGACUUUUACAUAUAAAUCAAUGACAUUUAUAUUUAAGCCAUUUCCAAUACUGUUCACACAAUGCUGAACACAUCUAUACCCGCCAGGAACCGCUCUUAAGAAAGAUACAUACGCCAUAAAAACAAAAGUGGUUAUUUGUUUUAAAAAUGUGUCUCAUAAUAAUUUGUAAGAUAGAUUGAUAAUGUAUUUUCUCUUUACUGCACAAUAGCUGGAACUUUGUAUGCGUAUUUCUCUAACACUGUUCCCUUGCAGCAGUUUGGGGGAGGGGUGAGUGUCUUUGGACGCAAGUAUUGAACAAAAUGGAACACUCUGGGUUCUAGCUGACUCAGAAAGCCUUGGAUUACUUUUUUAAAUAUACAACACAUGUAUUGUCAUUUUAUAGUUUGACAACCUUUUUUUCAUUUUAUUGUAGAGCAAUAUCAACUUUUAAGUAUGUCCAUUGCCCUGCAAAUACAGUAGGCAUCCUUACAUAUUUAGGUGACUCCAUGUUCAAAUAUCUUCCGGCUGGUUUUUUUCUCUUUUGCCACAGCUAAAAUGGAAGACUAAAGACUUAACACUAAUAACAUUUGUAUUGAUGUGAGACUUGUAGCUUAAACUAAAAUAACUUAAAGCAAAGACAUGCAAGUUUUAAGUUUGAGCUGCUGGAACACAACAAAUGACAGACAGGACCUUUUUGGACUCAGCUUGUAUUUUUAACAACUAGGCCCCAUUUGUAGCUUUUUCCCAAUUUCUGAUGAACCUGACGACACUCACAGCUCUGUUUUAUCUUUAUUUCAAAUUUCAGUGCUCCAACUUUGUUGUCAUGAAUUUCAUUAUGCAUGAAACGUAAGCUUACCUCCAGGUGUUUCAGCUUCUACCUGCCAUGAGAAUUGAGGUUGUCUUUAAGCCAAUAACUUCCAGUUGUAUGAUAUUACACUGCCUACAGCUAUGUGAUGUGGGCAAGUAAAGGGAUAUUUUUUCAAAAAACAUACUGUAAUGUAUCAGAUAUUUUUGAUGGUUUGCAAAUAAAUGUGCUUUCCUAGAGGCCA